AUGGUCCUGCUGCUAGGACAACAACUGCCUGAUGGCAAGAAGAUCCAAUUCGCCCUUCUUGCAUUCUACGGCAUCGGCCACCACACAGCCCUCAAGACCCUCGACACACUACACAUUCCACCCAACACACUCGUUUCUCAGCUCACAGAAGAGCAAACAACAGCACUCGGUGCGCAUCUUGCAGGCAUGACGAUUGAGUCUGAUCUACGACGUCAAGUACGUGCGGAUAUUGCUCAUUUACGACAAGUGGGGACAUACCGUGGUAGACGACAUGCGAUGGGUCUUCCUGUGCGAGGGCAAAAUACACAAAAUAACUCCAAAACUGCACGCAAGCUGAAUCGCGUGGAACGGAGAGGAUAUAUGACUAUGGCUACAUCAACGAUGGCUGCUGGUGCGAGUAUACAACAAGGUGUUCAGGCGGGACGGAAUCGUUUCUUCUUGGGACUCACUCGCUUGCUACCAAGACUGUUUUAG